AUGAAAUUUAGUGAUGUUGGCUUUGAUGAUGUCUUUCUCUCCUGGUCUUGUGGAUAUGAUUAUCCUCAAGAGCCUAUCAGUGAUGAAAUUAUUGAUAUCUUUGAGACUUGGCUGGACAAGUAUGCACGUGCAGCUAAUGAAACUGUGGAUAUGAAAGCCGAUAUUAAGACAAUGAUUGUGGAGACACUUUGUGAUAAGAACUCUAAAGAACGUGCCUUCUUCCUUAUGGGGGAAGGUGGCAAUGGUAAGAGCGUCCUUUGUAAUCUACUUUGUAAUUUACUUGGUGAAUAUGCUGUAAACGUCCCCUUUGAGACUUUAACUAAAUCCAUUGAGGCUGAGGGUAAAAAUCCUUUCAUCAAGAGAAUGCGUUAUAAGCGGUGUGUUUGUUCAACGACACUUGCGACCAAUAAGGACGAGAUUAGAUGCCGUGAUUUACACGAAAAAUUACAAGACCAGAAGCCAUUUUAUGGGACUUUCAAGAUUAUCCAUCCAUUCAAUGGUGAGAGCAUUCAGUUCUCUGGUGCAGUGGAUUAUGCAACUAAACGCCGUAUUACCUGCCAGCAAGCACCUAAUCGCUUUGUUGAGGGGUAUGACUCGGAGAAUAAAGACGAGAACAUUCUUCCUCGUGAUUAUGAACUAAUUGACAAGUUGGAACUAUUUACGCCUUAUCUAUGGAAGUGGUUGGAGAAGGAUAUAAAGGAUUAUUAUAAGAAUGGAUUACCAACUUACUCUGAUGAUUUUAUGAAGUCUACCCGACUCGGAGACUUCCAGAACAAAUGCAAUCGUGAAUUGUCUUUAUUCUACUCUGUUGUUGAGGAAGAUCCUAACUCAACGGUGACGCUGCAAGAUGUGUGGGCAAAGGUUGCUAAUGGGACUGUAAAAAAGACUGUAUUCUGGAAGGCAGUAAAAGACGCAUUUGUUGGGAGGAUUAUCCGUAACCCUCCUAACCUUAGUACAUAA